UUCCUUAUCAAUUUCAGUUCAUUAUUAGUAAGGCAUAUCACUAAUCGAUAUUGCAUUUCGAAUAAACGAACUUUAGAUAACUGAGUUAUUGUUUAUCAAGAAAAUUCUCGUUUUCUCUGUUGAAAUAUUUGAGUUGAAAUUAUCUUUGUACACAUUAAUCAAUUUCAAAUAAUUCACAGAAAAUGGUUCACUUUAAGUCGUUAUGUGUGACUCAGCGAGAUAACAAAUAUUAUUUUCCAAAAACGAUUCCACAAAAAAGGGGUCCGUUGGCCACGGAACUAAUUAUUUUUCUUAUUAUUUUACUUUUAAUUCUUGAUUUCUUCAUAAAUGGAGGAGGGUUAGCAGAAGUUUUAUGUCUAUAUGCAUCGGGUCUCCUGUUCCGAAUGUUCCUUGAACUAACUCAUAGAAUCAUACUGAUGAGUGAAGAGUGCUACCAUUUGACAUCUCGUUACGAAGGACGGCUAUUCGGCAUGGUCAAGGAUGCAUUGCAUUUUAAUGUAAAAGCAGCCGUUGCUUUUGUGACUUCUAUGGUUUACUGUGUGUGGUAUCUUAACACACAUGAUUGGUCAGUUUAUAACAGUGGAUUGUUGAGAGUUAUCCCAUUUUUGGUACCAAAUAUUUAUUUUAUGGGAAUAAUUCUGCAAUUGAAUAGUUGCCCUCUAAAUGAUUCUUUGUGGUUGGCUGAGGAUAAUGGCCUGGAUUAUGGAUCUGGAAUGGCUUAUUCGUUCUUUUACGGAUACUUGAAGCUGAUCUUGCCAAAGACGGGUACUGAAGAAAAGAAUUUGAAAGAACUCAUGCAGGAUUAUGAAGAUACAAAUGGUAUUAAAUUUGACAACGUAUACAAACUAUUCAUUUUGAUUCCGAAAUCGUUAACCUGCUUCGUCAGCUUGAAAAACCAAUAUUCACCUUCGAUAGAUGAAAGCAGUUCACUUCGUGAAAAAGUGAUUACGGUUGCUGGUGUACAAAACAGAGUAUACAAAAAUGCAGUCUACAAAAUCAUAACUGACUAUAAAAGAAAGAAAUAUGUGGCUGCAGAAUAUGCAACACCGCUCAAAACUUUCAAGGACGUUUUUUAUGCAUCCGGACAGCAUUCAGCUUACUACGAAAAACAUAAAAAUGAUAUUAUUCUGCAGUUUUAUCUAACUUUGAAAAAAGUGCUUGAAAGAACUGGGUUGAACGAAUUUUGCGAGUUGAUUUAUUAUGAAGAUUCAUAUCAAGAAGAUGGAAAAACGUGUUACUAUGAUGUUGGGAAAAUUAUCCUUACCAGGUUGAAGAAAAUUAAAGACAAAACUGAGUGAUUCACUCAUAUACAUUCAUAUUCGUUUUUAUUAAUAAUCAGCCUUUUUUUACAUGUGAAGACGAAACUGUUUAUUUUAUUUCAUUUUAUUUAAGGGAAAUGUUACUUUUAUUGAAGGAAAUAUAUUUUAUUUUUCAAUGUGAGAGUAUUCAGAAAAACUUUAUUGUUAAAUUAAAAUGAGUUCUGUGCCAUAACUAUUAUAGAGUUUUUCAGUGUACUGAGUGACCAUCAAUUGGAGACCAAAAUGUUAUUCGACAUUUAGGGCUCACAAAAUGGUUGA